AUGGAAGAUGACGAGCUGUUGGAUGGACUUAUUGUCGGCAUUCCAGCAACGAAUUUGCGUACGCAGACCAAGCGUACGCAGACCAAGCUGCAGUGUUUCGACAACACUGGAAGGGUGUUGAUAGCGAUUGCUGACAUAAUGCUGCCGGCAAGGGCUCCUGGAGGGCAAAAGAUGCAAACACGAACCAGUUUUGCGUGGCUUCGAAGACCCCCCAGAGUGUGCGACUACCAGAUGGAAUACUCCUUUGUGUUUGAAGAGAGCUCUUGCGAGGGCAACUUGUCGACGGCAGCCUAUAAUAAUGGAUUUGAGUCCCUGUGGCAACAAGUGGGCGAGGAACUGCGGAGGGAGCGGGAAAUGAACGAGCUUGGCCAGCUUUUCCAGAAAAACCUGAGCCUGAGUCCGCCCGCCUUCGCGGACCAAUGGAGAUUCUGA